GAACCCAACCCACCCGGCAUAAACCCUAGCUAGGCUCCAUCCCCUCCCCCCUCCUCCUCCUCCUCCACAAGCUCGUCGGCGGCGGCGGCGGCGUGCGGCGGCGAUGGGCAAGGCGAAGGGGAAGCAGAGGCAGGACAAGUACUACCACCUCGCCAAGGAGCAGGGGUACCGGAGCCGAGCGGCCUUCAAGCUAUUACAGCUCGACGCGCGGUUCCGGUUCCUGCCGACGGCGCGGGCCGUGCUCGACCUCUGCGCGGCGCCCGGCGGGUGGGUGCAGGUGGCCGUCAACCACGCGCCCGUGGGCGCCUUCGUCGUCGGGGUCGACCUCGUGCCCAUCCGCCCCAUCCGCGGCGCCCACUCCCUCACCGAGGACAUCACCACCUCCAAGUGCCGCUCCGCCGUGCGCAAGCUCAUGGACUCCAAGGGCGUCGCCUCCUUCGACGUCGUCCUCCACGAUGGCUCGCCCAACGUCGGCGGCGCCUGGGCGCAGGAGGCCACCACCCAGUCCGCCCUCGUCAUCGACGCCGUCCGCCUCGCCACCAUGUUCCUCGCCCCCAAGGGCGCCUUCAUCACCAAGGUCUUCAGGUCCCAGGAUUACAACGCUAUCAUGUUCUGUCUUAAACAGCUGUUUGAGAAGGUUGAGGUGACCAAACCUAAUGCGAGUCGUGGCACAUCCGCUGAAAUUUACAUUAUCUGUCUGAAAUAUAAAGCACCAGCAAAGAUUGCUCCAGAACUUCUUGAUAUAAAGCACCUGUUCAACGUCGAACCUGAGAAGAAGAUGCCUAGGGAUGUACUUGGCACUAAUAAAAAGGACAAAAGACAGCGUGAAGGGUAUGAUGAUGGAGUCACAGUAUUGAGGAAAGUUGGUCAGGCAUCAGAUUUUAUAUGGUCUGAUGCUCAGACACCACUGGAAUUUCUUGGUUCUGUUACAGAAAUUUCAUUUGAUGAUGAAGCAUCUGUGCCUAUCAAGAAUCAUGAGUUUACUACAGAUGAGAUAAAAAAUCUUUGUGACGAUUUACGCGUGCUGGAUAAAAAUAGCUUCAAGCAUAUCUUGAAGUGGCGCAUACGCAUAAGGAAAGCACUGUCGUCAUCUUCCCAAGUGACAUCUAAGGCUGAUGGUACUGUGGUGGAGACCAAGGUCAACGAUGAUGACCAACUUCUACAGGAAAUGGAAGACCUGACGAGUUUCAUUGAUAGGAAAAAAAGAAGAGAUAAGAAGCGUCAAUCAAGACGUCGUGCAAAGGAUAAAGCACGCAAGGCAACAGGAAUGCAAAUUGAUGCUACAGAAGAGGGAUAUGGUGAUCCUGACUUGUUCUCUAUUAAGGCUAUCAAGGGUGGAAAAGAUCUUCAGGCUGUUGAGUCAGCAGAGUAUAAUGCGGAAGAUGGCUCUGGAGACAGUGAGAAUGAAGCGACUCAAACUCAUGAAGACUCUGAUGAGGAAAUGGAUUCUGAUGAAGAACAGCAGAGGUAUGAUGCUCAACUCGAGGAGAUGCUUGAUGAAGCUUACGAACGUUUUGUGACAAAGAAAGGUGGAGAAGUAAAACAAGAACGCAAACGUGCCAAGAGAAUCAAUACUGAUGCUGAUACAGAUCUGUUAGAGGGGGGUGAAGAUGAUGGUAGCGAUGUUGACAUGGACCAAGGUUCUGAGGAAGAGGAAGAUCAAGAGGCCAACCCCCUUUUAUUGUCUUUUGAUUCAGCGAAGCCAACAAAAGAGCAGACUACAAAGCAGUGGUUCGGUCAGGAUCUGUUUGCAGAAUUAGGAGCUGACCUAGCUGAGAAGAGUGACAGUGAGGAUGAAAAAGAGAAGCCGCGUAAGAAUUUGAAAAAGAAGGUGGAUUCAGGAAAGAAGGAAAACCCGGCUAAAGCACAGCUGGACUCAGGAAAGAAGGAGAAACCGACUAAAGCUCAGCGCCUGCAGCAAGAUGAUAUUGAGAUGGUGGCAGCAGAGCCAGUCCGAGCUGCAGAUGACUCAUCCUCAUUCUCGGACGAGUCAGACGAUCUAGACGAGGACAUGGAUGACGACACCAAGGCCGAAGUGCUGGCCUAUGCGCACAAGAUGCUGAGGAAGAAGCAGAGGGAGCAGAUCCUGGAUGACGCCUACAACAAGUACAUGUUUGACGACGUGGGCCUGCCCAAGUGGUUUGCGGAGGACGAGAAGAGGCACACCGUGCCCAUGAAGCCGAUUACGAAGGAGGAGGUGGCAGCAAUGAAGGCGCAGUUCAGGGAGAUCGACGCACGUCCGUCGAAGAAGGUGGCGGAGGCCAAGGCGCGCAAGAAGCGCGUGGCAGCCAAGAAGCUGGAGAAGGCGCGGCAGAAGGCGGACAUCGUGGCGGACCAGAGCGACAUCAAUGAGCAGUCCAAGGCCAAGAUGAUCGACAAGAUCUACCGCAAGGCGGUGUCGACGCAGCGGCCCAAGAAGGAGUACGUGGUGGCCAAGAAGGGCGUGCAGGUCCGGACCGGCAAGGGCAAGGUGCUAGUGGACCCCCGGAUGAAGAAGGACAAGCGGAGCGCCGGGUCGGGCAAGAAGGGCGGGAAGGGCAAAGGCGGCGGCGGCAAGGGGAAGAAGGGCGCCGGCGGCAAAGGCGGCGGGCAGAAGAAAGGCGGGAAGGCUGGCGGUGGUGGGAGGAAGGCCGGUGGCGGCGGUAAAGGGGGGGCACGUUGAGUAGUUUGGCGAGAGGCUUAUGGAUGAGCAGCUGCGUGUGUCGACUGCUGAAAGUUUUCGCCUGUUGGAUGGCUCGCUCUCUGCUGCCGAAUUUUUUGCCUGUCCGGGUAGCUAAGCUGUUUUUGUUACACUGUAAUACGUUGAUGCUAUGAGAGCUGUUGUUUCAGUCUGUCAGGAAAGUUUUGUAGGUUACGCUUGUAUUGGACGAUAUUGUGGACAAUAAUUUGUGAUUGUGGUUAAA